UUUGUGGCUGUGGUAGCUUGUGAGAACCGUUUGCGCUGGAAUGUGACGCAAUCAGUAAGCGACGGCAAACUAAUGAGAUGGAUUGUUUGAUCACACAAGUGAGAGUUGUUUGUUAUCACGGAAACUUGUUUGACGAUUGCAGAAAUGUGCUUCUUCCUUGGCUUGUAAGGGGUAACCCCUGAGAAGGACCUCCAUUCGCCACCCUCUAAGACUUCAGUCUGAAACUGUCAACUACCUGGCCAGCCAGGGUGCAGCUCUAGUCCAGGGUCCUUAUCCACCCACAACUCAGGCAGAAAGUCCAUUUACUGGGGGGUCCCUGGUUCAGUGCCCCUGAGGGCUGGGACCAGCACUCUGGGCCAGAAGCAGCUGUGAAGGGAUGGGGUAGUAGCUGAGGACAGAGCCAUGGUUCAUAACGUCUCAGUCCCCCAAACACCACCGCCGGCACUGGUGGGCACCAAUGGCCGCUCCUCUGGGAGGAAGAGGACACCCAAGGCAUGUGACUGCUGUGGGCCAAACUCUAAGCACCACAAUGGGAAGGACCCACAUGGGAAGACUCCAGGUGGCAAGCCCAGACAACGCAGGGCACAUCUGGGGAAGGGCAGGGGCCAGGCCCUGGGGGAGACCCCCAAGAGGACGGGUGGUCACCACUCUUCUGAGAAGACCCAGAUGACAGAGGAGCAGGUAACAGCCAUCCGACAGCUGGCAAACGACUCAGUUGUGGAGGAGGUAACCAACUCCUUGGCUCCAUUUGUAACCAGCUCCGUCGGUCAACCUGUAAUGAAUGUUGUGGCUCAACUUGUAAACAACUCUGUCGGUCAACCUCAACCUUUAACGGACUCUAUGGGUCAACCUUUAACGAACUCUAUGGGUCAGAAGUUAACGUACACUGUGGUUAAACUGGUGACCAAGUCUGUGGUUCAACCAGUAACAAACUCUGUGGUUCAACCUAUAAUGAAGUCUGUGGUUGAGCAUGUUACUGAUUCAGAGAUGGAGCAGGAGAAUGGUUGUGGUUUAGACAAACAGCCGGUAACCGACUCUAACACGGAGGUCAUGAAGCAGCCCCAGGCUGGUGACGCAGCUGUCUCCCUUUCCAACGGUACAUCUGCUGUGACCAACGAGGAACCAACAGACUGUAGCGCCCCUAUGGAGGUGGAACCAUCAGCCACAGCCUGUGUUUCCUCAGGCAUUAUGUUAUGCAGCACCCUCCACCCCUUCGCUCUGUGGGACCACAGAGAUUACUGUGAGGUGGGAGUGUGGGCUCCAAGCACUGAGCCAGAGGACGACUGUGUCUCAAAUCCAGCACAGCAACCCAACCCUGAAGACAUCCAUGAAGUAAUCAUAGACCUUAUACAUGAGUUCCUGGCGUUCUUCUAUGUGAAGUACGGGAGCUUCAUCCCCCUCACUGAGACUGACGUACUGGAGCAUCUGAAGAACAAGUGUAACACUGACCUCCAUGACAAGAAGCUAAACAUCCACUCAGAAAUGAUGAAGUAUAAAGCGGGUCUCGCCUCCACCUCUAUGAAGUGCUUCAAAGUGGACUACAACAAGCACACUCUGACCCUGGAGGACCUGUCCACACUGAAUGACCAAAACUGGGUCAACGACCAGGUCAUAAACAUGUAUGGAGAAUUGAUCAUGGAUGCUACACAGAACAAGGUUCAUUUCUUCAACAGCUUUUUCCACCGGCAGCUGGUGGCCAAAGGCUACGAAGGGGUUAAGAGAUGGACCAAAAAGGUAAGCUGGUGGCCAAAGGCUACGAAGGGGUUAAGAGAUGGACCAAAAAGGUAAGCUAGUGGUAGGUUAUAGAAGAUGCAGCCAAUUUAUUGCUAGUUUGUUAAGAUAUGACCAGAAAUGUAAAGGCUCAAUGUUUAUCUGAGACUGUCAGUCUCACAGAACAAGCUAAAUUAGAAUAUGUCCGCGAUUGUGGUUAAUCUGGUGUUUCUCUCUCUGUCUGUGUCUCUCUCUGUCUGUCUCUGUCUCUCUCUGUCUGUGUCUCUCUGUCUCCCUCGGUCUGUGUCUCUGUCUCCCUCGAUCUCUCUCUCUCUCUGUGUC